AGGAAGUCGCAGCAGAGGUGUAUUCAUUAAGGUUUUAUCAUUAUUAUUAUUAUCACCUACGUGUUUUUGCACCACUGUUUAAACAGUAUUUUUUUUAGUUGAAAUUCUGUCCACCAAACGUCACGCGCACACAAGCAUCUCUCUCUAUCUCUGUGUGUGAGUGUGUUCAUAUCGUGUGCUCUAUAGCUGCCCAACGGCCCCGGCUCUCACGUGGCGGACCAUCAAAUUAUCGCUGUUACUGACUUUGAAAAGAGAAGAAAUAUUUUCCUUUUCUCUUUGGCGCACGUGUGGUCUUGUCGGGUACCGCGUUGCAGCGUCUCCGGUCGUGGACUUUUUUUUAGCUCCUUUCUCUCUCUCUCCCGCUCUACUUGCUUUCGUGGGGUAGUGGCCUCUUUGCUAGUAAAAGCAUAAGCCUCUGCUGGGACGUGCGAAGGGGUAAAAGAACGCAGGAGCCGUCGAGGCUGCAUCACGGUCCCCUUUGGCAGGGCGUCCCCUCCCCAUUUGUGGCGCGGUUUCGCGUUCCCCAGCCCUCCCCCCCCCCCCUUCCGUCGCCGCCGCGGCGUGGUUGGGAUUCCACCGUUGCAGCCAGCUUCUUCUGCUGCUGCUUUGCGUUUGUUUGUUUCUGUAAGUCCCUCGUGCAUCAACGCGCACGGACAGUAGAGGUCUCUUCGCUUUCUUUUCUCUUUCUUCUUCUCAGCGGUUGUUGUUUGGUGGUCCUCACCACCGCCGCCUGUCCUUUUUCCCCCUCUACUUCUCUCACCUCAACGGAAACCGCCCACCCUUUGCGAUUUGUACCUCCUCGCACGUGGUGAAGGCAGUUCAGUCGACCAGCGCGCCGCAUCUUGUGUUCUACUUUUAUCUUUCUUUAGCCUGUAGACGAAACCCGCUGCACAUACCAACGUGGAGAGUCACAGCCACUGCCCGACAGCCGCGCCGUGGAUGACAGCUGUGCUUCUUUCGUAUUUUCGUUCUUUGCUGUUCUCUCAAUGAGUAGUGAGUCAAGUAGUGCUUACGCCGCCCGUGGCGGACACGGCUCGGCUGCGGGGACCUCGAGCACCCCCCAUACACCACAGUCCGCCUCACAGUCCUUCUCACGCGAGAGCCAAGACUACCACACACCCGUCAGCGUGGAGAGUCGAUCAGAGCGGCGGGGCAGCUCGCCUUUGCCGUCCGCCGCCAGCGCCGCAGGUGGGGUCGAGCGGGGGCGUCCGUCUUCGUCCCCCUCGCCCCCCCCGUCGCCGUUUCCUACCCCGGCAGGCGGUGUUGGAGACACGGUGCAGUCACCACCGCCGCAGCGGCACGCCGUCGUGCUCUCCCCACCGCUCAUGUCCUCCACAAACGCGUCCUCCUCGUCGCCGGUGCAGACGGGCGCGGUGGAUUCCAUGCCGGCCUCCGCCACGGGGCUGCCCGCCGUCGCUGCGUAUCAGUGCGAGGGCGAAGCCGUGAACAGCGCCGCACACGUCGACCCAACCAAUAAUCGAAAAGGCACUAUGGGCAACGGUAGCAGUGCGGGGGGUGGCGCCGGCACGAGCACCAUUGCACCAGCACAAGUCAACCCUUUCAACGCGAGUCUCAACGCGAGCCUUGCGGGCCUCAACGCGUCCUUCGGCGCGGGCUCCAUGAGCAUGUCCCAGUCCACGACAAGCGUGUCGCCCACCAAUGCGAGCGGUCUCACUCCGUACCGUUCUCUCAACGCUGCCUUUACAAUCGGCCCCCGCCCCGACAGCGACGUGGAGGCGUCGGAGGAGUACAACAGCGAUGCACCGAGCGUGUGCCUGGAGCUGGACCGGCACGACCCGCCCAUCAAGCGCUACUGCAACCUCGGCAGUCUGGAGGAGCGGCGCACCUUCGUGACAGAAGGCUGCGUGACGGCGGCGAAGUCGAUGUCGACGCAGCGCAUCAUCGAGCAUCUCCUGCCCGCCAUCCUCACCGCCUUCGAAGCGGACGACUACGGGGAGUCGUUUGACAACUGCGCGCCGAGUAUCGCGCAGGCACUGCCGCAGGUGAUCACGUGCAUGGAGCACAAGAACACGGCGAACAUCACGUACUUUAUGGGGCUCAUCAUGGAACUGUGCUGCUCCGCGGAGCAGGUCGUGGUGAAGGAGACGAUCGCCUCGCUGCAGCAAAUACUGGCCAUGGUGGAGGACGAGGUGGUGCUGGAUUUGUUUCUGCCCUUUGUGCUGACAAUGCGCGUCUCCUUCUGGAGCGCACCGCGCACGGUCGCGGCGAGUCUGCUUGGCCACAUCGCCAUGCGUCCCGCCGUGCUGCAGGCCAGCGGUCUUACGGUGACGGAUAUGUUCAACUACUACGCCGAGUGCAGCAGCGACGCGUCGACGAUGGUGCGGGUUGGCGUCGUCACCUCCCUACACGACUGGGUGCGAGUGGCGUCUGUACACCGUCUCACCUUGGCGGAGAUGCCGCUGCCGCUGCUGCGCACCCUCGCCACCGACGACCUCAGCGACACGGUCCGCUACCUGCUGAUUGAGGAGAUUGUGAAGCUCGCACGGCUGAUUGGGCGGAAGUCGACCUCCAAGUAUCUCCUCAGCACCUACGUCAGCGCCUUCGUCGACCCCAGCUGGCGCGUGCGCUUCAUGGCGGCAAAUCACCUCGGCACGAUGGCCGCGUUGGUGGUGAACGCCGACGACCUCGAAAUCGUGUUGAAGACGCUGGCGGCCGAUGAGGAGCCCGAGACACGCGCGGCCGUGGCGCGGCAGCUCGACACCGUCGUGGUGCACUGUAGCAGCGCCAUGAUCCAGCACUGCUGCGCGCUCGUCGUAGAGCACUUUGCUGAGGACGAGAACCCGGUGGUGCGUCGCAGCGCGGCCCGCCAUUGUCACUGCUUCAUCUACGGCAGCGAUGAGGUGGUGCUGACCAUGUGCAACUUCUUAGCGAAGCUGAUGGAGGACGCAUCCUUCGUCGUGCAGGAGAGCGCCAUCGAGAGUUUGGGUGACCUCGUCACGAGCCUCGGCAAGAGCGUUCGUGCGGCCGAGCAGCAGGCGGCGCUGAGUGACAGCAUGAAUAGCAGCGGGACCACCAACCUGAACAUCAAUAGCAACAACGGUGGCGGUAAUGCAGCGCACGGAGCUGGAACAGGUCCGUCGUCUUCCACCUCCUCUCGCAGCUCCACCUCCAAGCCGCAGCCGCAGCCCCCGCAGUUCGCCCAGCCGCCCAUACACAGUCGCAGUGGGCGUCACCACUCCCCCCACCACUCCUCGCGGCUCGUGACGGCGAUGGCAGCCGCGAAUGGCAGCGCGAACACCGCCGAGUCGAACGUCGCCUUCGUGAGGAAGCGCGCCGACUCCAUCGCACGCGCCUUUGUCGAUAAGCUUUCGCUGCUGAGCGGGUCACGCAACUGGCGCAUCCGCGACGUCGUUGUGCGGGUCACGCAGUACUUUCCGAAGGUGCUCCCGCCGGAUCAGUUUCGCCCCCUCACCAGCAUCGUCGUCGGGGCGCUGCACGACCCGGUGAGCGCCGUUCGCCGGCAAGCCGUGCACACACUGAAGAAGGUAGCGGCCGCGUACGGUGGGGCGUGGGCGGCGCAGACGGCGAUGGAGCUUCUGCACUCCGACACCCUCUCCCCGGCACGGGCGGUGGGGUACAUGUGGCGCGUCGUGAUGAUCCAGUGUUUGGAGGUGCUGCUGCCGGUCGUGCGUGAGCUGGACGCGACGGACCCGGUGCGGCGGCAGCUGCUCCCCAUGACGGCUGCCUUGCUUCAGCAGUACACGACCGAUCGGGUGCCGAAUGUGCGCAUCGCGGCGGCACUCGCGCUGCCGAAGUGGUUUGCGUGGUUUGACGUCACGGAGGUGGAGCGCACGGCGUACAACGAGGCGAUACACACCUUGCAGCAGGACACCGACGUGGACGUGCUGGAUGCCUCGCAGCACAUCCCGUACAACCGACGAAUCGCCGAGGAAGAAGGCUAA